AUGGCCGAUUCACAGAGAAAUAAAUCCGGGACCGGUAGCAGGCUCCAGCCGAGCCGGUUACAACGGCGGGCCCCAGCAUCACUACAGAUCGCCGCUCCUGCUUCUUCUACUUGGAACGUGGCUAUCCCUCUCCUAUCACCGCUUGCCACGUCACCCACGUCGCCGAAGCUUGGGGCCGAUGAGCCGAGGCAGCUACAGCAGCAGAGCUCGGUGGCUGAGACUGAGAAAGUGGGUUUCAAGAAGUGGCAGCACCCGGCGGCGCCUUUUAGCUACGGCCCAGCUCCGCGGGGGCGGCCCUUUGUGCCCGUUUAG